GGUUCUACCUUCAUACGAAGUUAGGUCUUAUGAAACGGCAAAAUUAGCACUAAAAAAAGUUUGAAAAAUGAAUAUUACGCAGGAGUAUUAUUUAAUUUGUGUAUUAUAUUCCUUUGUUAUUGUUUCGGGAAUUAAUCCAUUUCAGUUCCAUGUCGGAAACUUUGAUAAUAAAAAUUCAAUUGCAGAGCAUGUAUACAUCAGAGGUAAGCAUUUCUUGAAAAAUGAUAAUGAAGAGGAUGAGAAAUCUGAAGGAAGGAAAGGUGUAAAGCAUCCUGACAAAUCGUCGUCUAUCGACCGAACACCGCACUCCUGGUUUUCUCAAUGCAUAGACCACUUUAAUUCGUCGUGUAGUGGUGAAAAUGUUCAAAGGUGGAAUCAGAGGUAUUGGAUAAACUCAGAUUCUUAUAAACCUGGUGGACCAAUUUUUUUCAUGUUUGGUGGCGAAGGGAGUGCCGAAGGAUAUGUGGAUGCUGGCAAAUGGUUGGACUUUGCGGAAGAUUUUGGAGCCCUUGCGGUCUGUUUGGAGCACCGAUUUUAUGGUCAAAGUUUUAUUCCAUCUCUAGACAAUUCCUUUGAAAGCAUGUCACUUCUUACGAGCCAGCAAGCUCUAGCGGACGCUGCACUGUUCAUCCAGUGGCUAAAAUAUAAUAAUUCGGGUGCAACAAAUUUGGAUAAUGCUAAAGUAGUCACAUUUGGUGGGAGUUAUCCUGGGAAUUUAGCUGCAUGGAUGAGACAAAAUUACCCCAACAUUGUUAACUUAGCUGUGGCAUCUUCAGCACCGGUUGAAGCUAAAUUAGAAUUUCCAGAGUUUCUCCGAACCGUUUCUGAAGUAAUUUAUCAGCAGGAUCCAACCUGCUUUCGGAAAAUAUACGGCGCAUUUCGGUGCAUGGAUAACUUGGUCAAUGACCUGCAAUGCAAUGAGACUGAAGCCUGGUCUGUGUAUGCUUCCCCUCAGGAACUGUUGGAUGGCUUGCACCAGUGUCGGCCGUACAACUUUAGUGUGAACUUCGAACGCCAGCAGUUCUUUCACAAUCUGGGGGCAAGAUGGGGAAGCAACUUUCCUGGCCACAGAAGCACUUCUAAAUGUCACACCCUUGUACUUCAAAACAAUUUAGAUGUGAUUGAGGACUACGGAAAUUUUCUCGUGCAAACAGGACAAACUCGAGAGACGUGUCAGCGGAGUGAAAAGGAUUUGUCUGCUGCUCUCAGGACGCCACACGCUGAAAAGACGAGAUUCGACGAGGAUCCGGAGGAUGAAAUUGUAGAGUUUGUCAAAUCUUUGAGUGGACGAGAUGGGAAAUCUUGGACUUGGCAAACUUGCUAUGAGUUCGGCUACUUUCAAGUUGCAGAUCCAGAAAUUCAACUUUUUAGUGAUGAGUGGGACUCGCUAAUAGAUAUUCGAAGGUGUCAAAGCAUUUUCCCUGAUGCAAACUUCACUCGGAAAAGUAUACAAUCCCGAAUCGACCUUACAAAUGCCUUCUACAAAGGGAAGAAAUUUGAGGGUUCAUGUACAAUUUUUGUAAAUGGCCAGUGGGAUCCUUGGCACUCGUUGGGAUUUAACCAACAAAAUGAAACUACAUCAAGAAACACAGUCAUUUCAAUCCCUCAAGCUGAACACUGCGAGGAUAUGAAGAGUCAUCCGAAUCCUUCGGUUUUCAUGUACCAAGCACAGCAAAGAAUCCGUGAACAAAUUGGGAAAUAUUUGAUGGACCCCAAUUGUUAAUGUACACAUAAUUCUGUAAUUCACUGUCUUUAAACAAGUAAAAACGUGGGGAUUAGCAUAGUAAAGAAUCAAAAUUAUAACCCAUUGCAUUGAAGGGCGUAACGUAAAUGCAUCAGUCAUGUUGCCAUAUACAGGGCAACUGAGGAUGAGUUAUGUAAUAUCCAGAGAGACGAGUGAAUUUUUUGCAAUCGUUAUUCCAUGGCAGGUUUUGUAAGAGUCAGUCGUCCCCCGUAGAUGGCUUGUCAUAUUCAGUGUGGAAUUUGCAUCCACUACAACCCCAGUUGUCGUUUAUAAUGUUGGCGUUGGGCAAGGUCGAGUUUACAAUCAACGGGGAUUUGCCAUCAAUAUUUUUAAUUCUUCCCGUCUUGAGUAUUUAUUGGGUUGGUUUAAAUAUCUACUUGUGCUUUAGCACAUAAUGAAAAGAUGACUUGUGUACAAUCAUAAUAAUCAACAAGGUCCCAAAAACUUGGAAAUGGAGGAGUGGGCGGAAAGGGCUGGAGCUCAUGGAAAACUAUUCACGAGACGUUUAGCAUUGGUCUUUGGUUGAUAAAAAAACAACAAUACGAAUGGACACUCGAUGCCACCUCAAACGCCUCAAAGUGUAAAUCUGGAUGGAGUGGUUGACAAAAACUUAUUAUCGAUCAAAUGACCACUACCAUAUUUGUACAUACACAAAUUCCUUGGUAAAGUAUGUAGGUCGCAUCGUUUCAUAUCAAGAUUAUGCUAAAAAGAGAAUCUUAUAGAGUUUCAUUGGAUGUCUGCCACAAUAAUGAAUGGGUUGAAUUGCUGCUGCGUUGCCAUUAUACUCGUUUGCAGCACAAACAAGCUCAAUUACUAGCAUAAAUUAAGGCAUUACAUAUGUAUUCCUUGCGUACUGUCGUGUGUAUAACGCAGACCAUUUUAAUGAAUUUCAAACCAUUAUGCGAUGCCAUGCAAGUGGUGAUCACACACCAAGAAAAAAGCUUGAUUAAGUUCCACUAGUGAUUUUUUUAAGAAACAAGUUUAUACUAAUCAGUUACUUUAGUCUCAAAACUUUUAGUCCAAGAUAAGUCGACAUUGAACAACAAGGGUAUUUUUCAACAAAUCCUGCUAACUAUCAACGGCGCAACAAUGAGAGAUCCUGCGGAGGAAGAUGAGUCAAUUGUUAAACCCGGCAUGAGGGAAUACCAUACCGGACAUUUGC